AUGGUCAAGACGACGUUGAACCCGAUGGAGACGUAUCGCCGGGAGCAGAAGAAGAAGGAGGUGAAGAAGCACCGAGCAGAGCGACAGAAGGAGAAGAAGGAGAAGCUGCAGUCGAUGGAUCGAGUGGCGCUGGAGGAGCAGCUCAAGCUCCUGGAGCGCCAAAUGGCUGUGAAAACCUCAACGGACGGGCCCAGCCGCAAGCGCAAACAGGAGCUGGAAGACACGCUGCGAGCGGUCGUAAAGAGGCAGAAAGAGAUGGAGGAGGAGGAAGAGCGCAGGAAGAAGUUGACAGACGCGUCGCUUCCGUCGCCAAUGAGUUUGACGGAGUUGAUGCAGAGGAACAGAGAGAAGUUUGAGAACCCAGAGGACUCGAUCUACUACCACCCGACGCUGAAUCCGUUUGGAGCGCCACCGCCAGGAAAGCCGCAACUGUACCGCCAAGGGCAACAACCCUCCGGUCCAAUGGGAUUACCUAGGAGCCCUUGCCACGGGCAGCCUAGCCAGCAUCGACAUCUGGAACGUCCAUCGCAGCAUAGAUUUCAGCAUCGACUGCUGCUACCCAGAAUCGAGCGACGAAUACAAGAGCCUCCAUUUGCAACAAUGCAGCAGCCGCGUGGGAUGGUGAAACGGCCUGGAAAGCGACCACCGCUGCCGUUGGAUCCCCCCGCCACCAGGGACGAUUCAGGUGCCUUGUCGACCGCCGUUACCGAGUGGAGUGAUUCCGGUGCGUCCGCCUCCUCCGCCACCUGCUCACGUGCAACCUACUGCAACGAUGUCGCUGCCGGCUUCAUCGUUGAUACAACAGACGCAUCAGGAGGUGUUGUCACCUUCGAACCCCAUGGUAACAGUUGCAGCUGUCGAUGGCAAUCGUCAAGAAGUAGCUGUCACGGACGAAGACAACAACGUAGUUGCUCCCUAUUCAACAACUGA